CCAGGGGAUGCCAAAGCACCGAGGGCAUGGUUAACCCGCGUGCUCAGGUUUUGAGGGGCAGGCAGGCAGAAGGCAGUGUGAACCCCAAUUUAUGGCCUUCCCACCUUUCCUCACUCCAUUUUGGUGGUGUCUCCUGUGCAGUUGGUGCUUUGGCGUCACCUCCGGUAUUCUCUGGCAGGCCCCGAGUUCCCCUAUCAGCCUCUCAAAAGGGAGGAUUCUAGAAGAGAAGACACUUUUAAAAAAAAUUAUUAUUAUUAUUAUUAUUAUUAGAAACAGUGCAAAGUGUUUUCAGGUCGAGGCAGCUCAGCCGGGGAAUGGGAGCUCCUUACAGUGGGGCCCCGCCACUGCACGUCAGGCGUGGACAGGCUGUCCCGGCAGCGUGGCGUGGCGGAUGAGGCCCCGGCAGGCUCUGGCGGCUGCCAGCACCUCCCUCCACCACCACCCCCCCGCCACCAAUUCAUCUCCCUUUAGGUGCUAGAGGAAGCUUGGGCCACCAUUUUGCUGCUCUGCUGGGGUAUUUUUUUCUGGGUGGCUGUGAACGGUGGGAGUGGGGUGCCGAUUGCGGCCUGUCUGGCAUGCGCUGCCACCGACCGCAGCUGGGAUUAGCUGUCGCCCUGUCCCCUGCCACCUCCGUGACCCUUUUGGAGGGUAAAACUUUCAAAGUGAAAGGAAAGACGUUAAAAAAAGAGAAAAAAAAAAAAAAAAAGGAAGAGACGUAAACCACCAUCUUGCUGGAGGGGGACACCCCAAUUCCUUCAAAGUUCUGGCGCGCAGCAAAACCGUCUAGGCUGGGAAAAAAAUAGGACUGAGGAAAUGGGAGAAAGCUUUUCCCUUGGGAUCAACUACAAAGAGCGGGGGUUUUAAAAUGACAGAUAUUGCAGGUAGGUGUUGGUGACGGUAAUAGUAAUAAUUGAUAAGGAACAGCGACACACUGGUGCUGUCCUGCUCCCCCUCCCCGGCGCCCCCAGUAAAAUAAUCCCAACCAAGGCUCCUCGUAUUUAUAUCCCUGCGUGUCUGUGUGUGGCCUAGCCCCAUUCAUCAUUUGGCUCCCACUGCAGAACUCGCUCCAUUUUUAAAAUUAUGCAUGAUACACUGAAGAGACAAUUUGGGUUUCCCCCACCUCUCCCUUGCCCUUGAAGAAAGCAAGCCCUUGUCUCAUUUGCAUUUGCAUUAAAACCCAGCUCUCUAUAAGCUAAGCAAAGGGGAAGGACUUGAAGCCUAUGGGAUGGCUUUAGGGCUCUGCCCCUUGCUUUUGGCUCUCUCUCUCUCUCUUUCUCAUUCUCUCUAGUGCUUUGAUCUCUGCUUAACAACAGUAACGUCACAGGACUAUACAGGAGAGUUUUGUUGGAAGUUAGAAAGUUUUGCAGCCUCCAGAGGGCUGUAGCGGCAGUAGCAGAAGCAGCAUCCAAGGGACUCCUGGACGGGGAAGAGAGAGAGCGAGCGAGCGACUCAGUCCUGCUGCAGAAAACUGACUCGAGGCGACGGAGGCAGACAUGGAACAUCAGCUGCUGUGCUGCGAGGUGGAGACCAUCCGACGAGCCUACCUAGAUGCCAACCUCCUCAAUGACAGGGUGCUGCAGACAAUGCUGAAGGCGGAGGAGACCUGCUCGCCCUCCGUCUCCUACUUCAAGUGCGUGCAGAAAGAAAUCUUGCCAUAUAUGAGGAAAAUAGUUGCCACUUGGAUGUUGGAGGUCUGCGAGGAGCAGAAGUGCGAAGAGGAAGUUUUCCCCUUGGCUAUGAAUUAUUUGGACAGAUUUUUGUCGUUUGAACCCCUCAAGAAAAGCCGAUUGCAAUUGCUCGGAGCUACCUGCAUGUUUGUGGCUUCAAAAAUGAAGGAAACUAUUCCUCUGACCGCAGAAAAACUGUGCAUUUAUACAGAUAACUCCAUUAGACCCGACGAAUUACUGCAAAUGGAGCUGCUUCUGGUGAAUAAGCUGAAAUGGAAUCUGGCUGCAAUGACCCCCCACGAUUUCAUUGAACAUUUCCUUACUAAAAUGCCUCUGGCAGAGGACACCAAGCAGAUCAUCCGUAAACAUGCUCAGACUUUUGUGGCUCUGUGCGCUACAGAUAUUAAAUUUAUUUCAAACCCACCUUCCAUGAUCGCAGCUGGCAGUGUGGUAGCAGCUGUGCAAGGCCUGCAUCUGGGGAACACUAACACUUUCCUCUCCUAUCAAUGCCUCACACAUUUCCUAUCACAAGUUAUCAAAUGUGAUCCGGAUUGUUUACGAGCCUGCCAAGAACAGAUUGAAUCCCUCCUUGAAUCCAGUCUACGUCAGGCACAGCAGCACAACGUAUCUUCAGAAACAAAGACUGUAGAGGAUGAAGCAGACCUUUCCUGCACACCUACUGAUGUGCGAGAUGUGAACAUUUAAGAGGACUUCUAAAGGGUUUGCUUGGCGAGAAAGCAGACAAAGAAAGGGCAUCUGAGAAGGAAUCAGCGUCAGGAUCUCCCCCCCAGAAACCCUUUUCUCCAGGACAUUUUUAUACCAGAAGGGAAAACCAGUCUUGUUAUAUUUUUUUCUUGCUCUGUCUCCCUUCCAUCUGCGACUUCAAACAAACAAAUAAACAAAAAUACCCCAAAAACUGUCUUAAAAAAAGAAAAAAUAGUAUUUGCAUUACCCCCAGGGGUUUGUGCUACAAAAAUAGAGGAUUUUAUACAAUAAUAAUCAACUAGUUUUUAUAUUAAAGUGUUCUUGUCUGUAUGUUGUAAAAAUAGGCAUUAACACACAAAAUGUCUCCAGGGGAGGUAUUAGAUUUGAUUUCUUACAUAUAAAAAAAACCAACCAACCAUUUUUAAAGUAGAAGAGGGUGCUUUUUUUUAGAUAGUAAAUGAAAUAUUCUUUUUUUUCUUUAAAAAGCAUAGCUUUAACGCAGUUCUAGGCUUUUCUGUAUCUUGCUUGCUUAUGCAUUUAGUCACUUUAUAAUUCAUCUGUAAAUGUUUAUUUUAUUUCCUUAGGUUUUUUUUAUCCUCUUCACCUUAUAAAUGGUUAACGUAACCCAUAAGUUAGUGUAUGUUAGUAUGCAGCAUUAUUAUAUGUUAAUCUUUUUUUUGUGCCUGUGGAUUGCCUGUGCAUAAGGCAUUUGUAGGGUUCCAGCUUAGCAUUGUUGGGAAAGGCCAAUGUACUACUCAUACAAUACUCUAUUAUAAAGAGAAACAGAAAUAGUGACAUAAUAUAUUAUAUUUUUGUAAUCUUCAUAUUUUUGUAGUUACCUGUGUAAAAAUGCUGGUCUGACCCCACAGAUAUUCAGCCUAAUUAUGGUCAGGUUCAAUCCACAGUUCAGUCUUUUUUUUUUUUUGUUUUUGUUUUUUUUGUUUUGUUUGUUUGUAAUAUUCUAAAACCAUUCCAUUCAAAGCACUUUCAGUCCAUUAGAUAUAGGAAAUACAUUCUUUUAUUGUGUGGGAAUUUUUUUUUAAUGGAAUGGUUUGGAAAUAUAUAAGUGCUUGUUGGCAAACUUGGAAUUGCAAAGCAAGUGCAUUUAACUAUGGUGUUAGAGGAGAGGUGAUUUUUUUUUCCGAAGGUUGUGUUCCAGUGAGAGAAAUUGCAUUCACAAAUUGCCAGGAUAUCUUCCUAUCCUUUUCUAUAGAAAAGUUGAAGUUUAGAAUCCUUUGGUGCCAACUCAUCUUUAUAAAUUAGGGGCCUUAAAGGUUCACAUAUAGGACACAUAGUUUAAGGAUUGUCGCUAGAUGUUUUACAACUGAAGGUUUUUAAACACUAAAAUAUAUAAUUUAUAGUUAAGGCUAAAAAGAAUAUUUAUUGCAGAGGAUGUUCGUAAGGCCAGUAUGAUUUGUAAAAUAAUGCAAUCGCCCCUUUUUAAAAAAAAUCUUUCUACCCUUGAUGUUGCAGUUUUAACACAGCUUAUUAAAGAAAAAAGGACACGCUUCAGAGAACAAACCCAAAACAAAGCAGUCUAUUUGGCCCCUUCCUAUACAUUUUCAAAAGCAGUCUAACCAUAAAAAAAAACGCCAUAGUUAAUAGAUAUGAAAAUUGGAGUACUUGAAAGAAGUUCUUAUUCCAGUAUAUGCCCCAUUUUUUUAUUUAGCUACAAAUAGAAAAUUUGCACAUCUUGGCUAUGUAUCUUUUUAUUAUUAUUUUAGAAAGUAGCUGAAGGGACGUGGACAUAGCUGUUGAAGUUGAUGCUCGAGGAGAAUGUGAUGGUGAAAUGUAUGUGAGAAAACUGCCGCUAAGGUGUUGAUUGUAAAAAAAACAAAACAACAAAAAAACAACAAAAAAAAGAAAAAAAAGAAAAAAAAUUAAAAAUAAAAAAAAAAAGAGAAAAAAAGAAAAGAAAAGGAGUGGAUGCUCCAUUUUUAUUGAGCUGCUAUGGAUAAAUUCCCAGCAUGGUUUGAAAAAAAAAAAAUUAACAUUGCUUUUCUGUAUCUUUGUCAUUGUGUUUUGCUGCUAUUUUGUGGAUCAGUUUUUUUUUUUUGUUAUACAAUGUCAUAUACUGCCAUGUUAUAGGUUUUAAUUUUCUCAUAGAAAAUUAUAUUAUUGACAUCAUUUUUUUGUAGAUUUUUUAUGUGAUCAAUUUUUACUUAAUGUGAUUACUGCUCUAUUCCAAAAAGGUUCCUGUUUCACAAUACCUCAUACUUCAGUUAACCGUGUCUAGACCAGGUUUUAAUGUUCGUACACAGUGCCUCAUAGUCCUACUGCAAAUGGAAAUGCAUCGAACGUUAUUCUGAAUGGGUCUCGCGAUUUGCAACUAGGUUGCAUUAAUUUAAAAACAGCAGACAUUUCAGAAGAUCAAGUAAUGUCAGUUUUUUUGUUGUUAUGCAUUUUAUAAAGCUGGAUUCUUUGUCUGAUCUGGGGUUUAUUAUCAUAGUAGUUUUAAGCUGUGUUAUUAGCCACAUUGAUAUAUGAAAGGUGCAUUAUAAUAUAACUCUUGUAUGCCACCUGAUGCGGUUUCCCAUCAGUUGGGACGCAUCAUUUGGUAUGAUAGGUUAUCUUCUGGAACUCUAAGUAUUUUGAGUGUUUAAUCUGUUAUGAUAUACUAGUUUUUUGUUUAUUUGUGUUUUUUUUUUUAAUUAUAGCAUAAUGCUAAUUUAAAAAGCCUGUAAAUCUCAUAAAUAAGCCAGCUAACAGAGUAUGCUGAAGAAUAAUCUAGCUGUUGCCUGUAUGCUGCUAAACCAAAACAGAAUUAGAACUCACUUUGAGGCAAAUGCAGUUAAGAUCCUACAUAGUGCAUAAACAAAGCAUUGCAAUGCUACUAGCAGUCGCAGGACCCAGGAGGACUGAAUACAUUCUGUCCAAAUUUCAGGAACAUUUCUUACUGCUUACCUCAUAAAACACUUCUGUUUGUGGCAUCUCUGUGUCUCUGAACCAAACAUGAUUAUUGAGUUAGUGCUUGUCGGUUAUAUUAUGUGUUACACUGAGUGGCAGUGUGUACUGCAAAUUUCUUUAAAAUAUUGUAUGUACUAAAAGGCCAAAUCCAGAUAAGUGGGUUCAUGUGCCAACAGAGAUGCUUUAUUUGUCACAUUAUUAUAACAAUCUGUAGUAAGCAAGCAAUUCAGAUUUGUACAUUUUUAUAUUGUACUUAUUGGCAUCACUGGUCUGAAAUGCACAUUUUCACCAACAGACCUGUAACAGACAAGUUUCCAGCAAAAAAACCUAUAGAAAUAAAAUUGGUAAAACCCAA